AUGGGAGUGACAUCAACUCAUAUGACAUUCUUCGUGGCUAUCGCAUACUUGCAAAUUGAGCAGGUUGAUAAUUAUGCAUGGGCGUUACAAACAUUGCGUGAUCUUAUGGACGACGAUGUUUUACCUGAAGUCAUUGUCACAGACAGAGAGCUUGCUUUGAUGAAUGCCAUUGACAACACCUUUCUGAAUGCUCGACAUUUGUUAUGUCGUUGGGUUAAGAGUGCUCAUGCUAGAUUGAAGAGGCAAUUAGGUUUAAGUCAAACUACAUUUGAGAUUUCAUUUGAAAAAAUACAUUGUCUACUUGAGUUGCAGCACGUUCAAGUUAAAGCAUCAUUCGAGCAGAGUUUGACAACUGUGCAACAUCAAUUCAGACCUUCUCAAUUCAGAGAGCUCCGAGGUAAUGUGUCUAUUUGUGCAUUGGAGUACGUGUUGGCAGAGAGUAAGAGAACAAAUUUAGUUGGAAUUGAUGUUGCAACAUGUGGGUGUGUUCCUAGGCGCACACAUGGUUUACCUUGUGCUCACGAGAUUGCAGCUUGCAUGAGACAAGGCCGUCCUAUUCCACUCAGUAGCAUAUAUGUACAUUGGACACGACUUACUAUAUGUGUGCAUAAUUCGAAGGAACAGAAGUUGGAAUUGACUUGUAUCCCAGAACUUGAGUUGAUUUUAAAGCGGUUCAAAAAGUUUGAUAUUGCCACACAAUUGGAUAUGUUGAAGAAGGUGAGGAAAAUUGCAAAUCCAGCGAGCACUUUUCUUAUUGAGCUUGAUAUGAAACCUAAUCCACGUCGAGGACAUAAGAAAAUUGAUAUAUCUUAUCGUCGUGACCUAUGUGCAUUUGAGUUGGUUGACGAUGGGCAUGAUAGCCAGAGCACAUUAGUUCCCAAUCAGUCAAAGAAAAAGAGAGCUUCAAAAGUACAUGAGAAGAAGCGGAAUGUGAAGACAAAGACAUGUCGUACAAGAACAAGUUUACAGAGUGCAUAUGCUAGUAACUUCCCGCCAAUGUUAAUACCAUUCUUAAAGUUGAUAAAGGAUGUAGAUGGUGAUGGGAAUUAUGGGUUUAGAGCUAUUGCAGGUUUACUUGGUCUUGGAGAGAAUGACUGGGUGCAAGUUAGGCGCGAUCUACUACUUGAAUUGAAUAAUCACAGAGAUGAAUAUGUUUGUCUCGCUUUCUUACCUUUGAGAUCACCGCCAAUAACCCUAGCUGAUCGUCGCGAGAUUGCCAUUGGAUUUGUCAAUGGAAAUCAUUUUGUGCAGGUAUUUUUGAAAGCCGGUCAUCUAGUUCCUCCCAUUGCCGUGCUUUGGCGAGUUCACCAUCACCCUUGUGCAUCAGAAUGA